CUGGGCUCACAUCAUUCAGUACACAGGGAGAAUUAGCUGGCUUUAUCCUAUCUCUGCAAUGUGAGCACAGCUUACACAUACAGGUUUUCUCUGUUGUCCUCUGUGCAGCCCGACGUGCGUCUUAGGGGAUGUGACUGAAACCCAUUUAUAAAGAAUUUUUCAAGAACUCAUCUCAACAUGGCCAAGAGCUGUUUUGAUUGCACAGAGAAGAAUCCAGCUCACAGUCUCUGCACACACUGCAAUAAAUGGCUGUGCAGCACGUGCGCCGAACAACACCGACACAGCAAGUCUGCCAGCGACCAUUUCCUGUCUCAAAGAGGAUCAGGACCAGAUAGUGGCUUCUUGUUCUGUCCUCUUCACAAUCAAGAAACGCUGAGGUUGUUUUGUGAGACGUGUGAUGUUCUCAUGUGUCGCCAUUGUCUGUUGUUGGAACACAAAGACCACAGGUUUCGACGUCUGGAUGAAGCUUUACAGAAUCAGAGAGUUCUCUUGGAGAAUGUUAUAUCUCAGGUGGAGGAGAAAAAGGUUGGGGUACAGGCAGCUGGCAAGCAGAUUGAGGAUCGGUUGUAUGAAGUUAAACACAUGCACAGGAAGGUGGAAAACCAGAUUAAAAUGACGAAGAUGGUGAUUAUUAAUGAAUUGAACAAACGAAUCAAUGCUUUGCUGGAGCAGCUUGAGAAAAUUACAAGUGAGAAGCAGCACAAGCUCGAGCAGCAGCUCCAGUCAGUAUUGGUUCUGAACCGUCAGCUGGAGCACGUCCAGAACUUCAUUAACUGGGCCAUGUAUGGCAAAAACAGCAUCUCAUUCCUGUUUAGCAAGGAGCUGAUUGUUUUCCAGAUGCAGCGUCUCCUUGAAACAAAUUGUGGUUCCGAUUUUGGACGCCCCAUGAAGCUCAAGUUCAGUUGGGAGCCGUCAUAUUGGAGCAAGCAGAUAGCAAACUUGGGUAACAUACUGACAGAAGGUGCCAAUGCCCCUCAGAUGGAGGUAGCUAGCUAUGGGUCGGUGGAUGAUGCUCAGUCCACCUAUUAUCAAACCCAUCACACAUCGAGCACACCCCACCCUGGAGCCAUCAAUACUCCACAAGCCUUUCCUUCUCCAGUUCAGUGCCCGACUCCUGUGUGCUGCGCUCACUGCUACACUCUGCCUUUAGUUACCAAGGGCCAGUCCACAACCAGCUCCCUCAAUCCACACAUCACCUUUGCGCAUCCCACUGGAAUAAAGCAGCAACCUCUGCAGCCUGUGCAGUACAACUCGGGCAAAGAGCAGAGGUGCACGUCUCGACCUCUGAGAGUCAUUCAACCGUGGCUUACUCAUCAGCCAUCCACAGACCACGAGAGCUCAUCCUAUUGGGUGGAGCAGCAGAAGCAACAACAGGUGGUACAACCCCUACAAACCGUACCACCAGUUUGUUCUGUGACCACUCAGGACUUUGGACAGAUCCAUAAUGUUCACACGACAGUACCACUGAGCACGCCGUCCUUACAGGCACCCUCUGUACAAAUGCAACUAGGCCCCGUCCACAGUGUGAGUCACAUCCAGCAACAACGACAGCAGCAUCCUGCACAGCCCUCGCUGUGCCAAACCGAGAGUGCCCCCGAGCAGGUCAUGCAUCACAGUCUAGAUAUAAUCAAUCAGCAGUUCGAGCUGGAACAAAUGCAGAAAGGCCUGGAACUUCUUCUCCAAAGUCAACCGUCAAAUGUGCAGAUGAACCAGGGCAAGCAGCCGCAGCAUGUGCAGCAAACUAUAGUGGGACAGAUCAACUACAUAGUGCGGCAGCCAGCCACGGUUCCAAUGCAGACACAAGAGGACGUACCACAGGUUUGCGAUGAUACCAUAUCACCGGGUCAUACUGUGGACCUCUCACCGGUUACCACCAACUCUCCCGGUAUCAUGCAGACACAGUCCAUAGCAGACGAGAUUAUCGCUGCCGUGGAGAGCGACGCGUGCCGAAUGAACCAGUUCUCUGCAAAUCCAGUGAGAAAGCGUUCAGCCUCGGUGAGUUUCCCAAACACAUCAGAGCUGGAAUUAUCGUCUCCGAGAUUGUCGCGGUCAGUCGAUCCACAGAUGCAGGCUGUUUCAUGUCAGUUUUUUGGUCAGGCCCCGGAAAGACCAUUUUCCCCCGUCACGGAGACAGAGAGAACAAGUUACAGCAACGUGGAAGCAGGUAUCUCGGAUGCAGUACAUCUCGGCUCUGCAGAUCACCUAGCAACAACUGCGCCACUCCUGGGAAACGCCAUCUGUAAGGUUGAGAAUGAAGAUUUCAGCUGCGGAAAUUCAUCCAUUGCCACUGCUCUGGGAAAUGACAACUCAAAUACUCUGAAUGAUUUAGUUAUGCCUUUAGAAAACAUUUUCGAUGAGCCAAUCAAUUUGUCCGUUAAGAAAUGUGUCCCGUCUGAGUCUUCCUCUGUGGCCAGGAGAAACAACACACCGCAACCGCCACCUCCUCCUCCUAUUAAACAACUAAAAAACGAAGCAGAUGAAAAUCACAGUUUUCAUGAGCAUUUUACCGAAGACGUUAAACGGAAUGAAAACACAAACAGAUCAGAAGUAAGAGAAACUAAGAUCCCCUAUGUACGCCUGGAGCGCCUGAAAAUCUGUCCCCCUGAUACCGGCGAGCUUCCGGUGUUUAAAGUGCAGCCUCAAAACAAAGAUGAAGAUGGGUCUCUCCGUUUGCUUAUUAAAUAUGGGGCCAGAUCUAAGAGCAUGUCCAUAAAGGUAAACCCAGACAGUCCGUACCCUUCCCCAUCAACCACAGACAUACACUCUCAGCUGCCGUCUUUAUUUGGUUCAGAAUCGGCAUCUCAGACAGCCACUCGCUCGUUUCAUCAUCUCCCGCAGCAAGUCAAACCCUUUUCCAGGUUAAAUGCCUUUGCUAGCAGUGCUCAGGAGUCCAGGGGUCCUCUAGAUCUGUCGGAUAGCUCCAUGGGCAACCGAACAUCUGACUGCAAGGUCAAUGCUGGACCCUCAACAACAAAGAAGUCCUUUGAAGACCCAAAUCAGAUAGAGAAUGAGGAUUUCUGUGCUGUGUGUUUGAACGGAGGGGAGAUGCUGUGCUGUGAUCACUGCCCAAAAGUAUUUCACCUCUCGUGCCAUGUUCCAGCACUCCUGAGCUUUCCAGUCGGUGAAUGGGUUUGCACAUUAUGUAGAAACCUGAACAAGCCAGAGGUGGAAUAUGACUGUGAUAAUAUUCGGUAUAGCCUUGAAACGAAAGAUCAAGAGGGGAAUUUGCCAAAUCUUGAUGAAUAUGACCAAAGGAGGUGUGAAAAGAUGGUGCUAUCUCUGUGCUGCAAUAACCUGAGUCUCCCUUUCCAAGAGCCGGUCAGCCCUCUGGCACGUCACUAUUUCCAGAUAAUUAAACGGCCAAUGGAUCUGUCCAUUAUACGUAAGAAGCUCCAGAGACGGAAUGUGCCCCAUUACUCCACCCCCGAGGAGCUGGCGUAUGACAUACGGCUUAUGUUUUGGAACUGCGCGAAGUUCAAUUAUGAGGAUUCGGAGGUAGCUGUGGCUGGGAGGAAGUUAGAGCUGUUUUUUGAGAACAUGUUGAAGGAGACUUAUCCGGAUAAGAUCUUUCCAUUUCCUCAAGAAGAAGACUCAGACUCUGAGGAGAUAGACAAUGAAAACUGCCCCCUGGGCUUUAAAGGUUUUCACUGGCCGUCCUAUGGAGCAGAAUGCAUUCAGCCAAAACGCAGGAGACGCCACACGGUCGGCCAGAAAACAAAGGAAUUCACCUUGUGCUAACACUGUCACCAGUAACGCAGGGAUUAUCGAGAGCACAAUAUGGAAGAAAACUCUGGAAAUAUCCGGCCAAGCUCAUGCAAAAUCUAAAUAAACAUUAUAGAAAUAAGAUAUUGACUGAUAAAGAAAUAACGGUUGAAAUUAAAGAUUUUCCAUUCUGGAUUCAGAUGAGAAUGUGGAUUACUAACAGUGUAGCUGAUUGCAAACAAAGAACAGCGUUGGCUGCUUGUCAUCGUUUUAUGUGACAUUCUCAAACUACAGAUCCCAGCUGUUCCCGUUUUUGCCAAAAGCCACUUUUCACAUCGGACUUGGAUUUGCAAAUACUGUCCUCAAAAUUGUCCAGGUUUCAACAUUUUCAAAAACUAAACCGUUUGCUGAAUGUAUAUAAAAAAGAAAAAAAAAAAGAAAAAAAAUUAUUCAAAACAUUUUAUCAGUUGCUUUUAUGUCUAAACACUGAAAAUGAGAUGAGGAUUUGUAACGUCAUCUAUUUCUUAAU